GUGUGAUUCACCACAUCUCUCCUCUCGACCAGCCAACAUUUGGACAGCCUUGUCUUCCAACCUCCAAAAACUUUUCCGUUUCAACCAUUAACGAACCCUUUGCUUUAACUCAUUCUUGUUUUAUCUUCUUUGUUGCUUUCAUCUGCCUCGCCUUUUGCUCGCUCGUCCGAGCCACAGAACACUCCCGAUCCUUAUCCAACUUGCCAGCCAGCAAUCAAUCAUUGACCCGGUUCGGGCAAUUCUAGGCCCGCUUUCCGCCGCUUCCUCAGAAGCAACUCCCACACCGUUCUGUGGUUCCCUCAGCGCCUCGCAAUUUCUUGACUCUUGUUCUCGCCAACAGAACAUUCGCAUUUCGACUCAUUCUCUCGUACUCAAUACUUUCAAGCAUCAAAUCACUGCUGCAACCCCCAAGACGAUUGCCUUAUCACUCUAGACGGCAUCAUGUCUACACAGUCUAUCGCCAUUCCGUCAGGCCUGACCGACCGCCGAGAUAGGCCUUCCAAUCCGGCGGCCCGAGUCUCAUCUUCUUCGUCCUCGUCUUACUCGAGCUCUCCAAGGACACCACAGUCGGCACAAUCGACUCCUUCACCAUCAGCACAGAAGCAAAAGAAGCUGAUACACGAACGGCGGCCCAGCCUUCUCAGCUCGGCGAUCCUCAAAGAGGAGUGCACCGUUAUCAACAUCGGUGACCCAGAAGGGCCUCCAAGACUUAUCUCCUACACUGUCGCCAGCCAAGGCUACAUAUGGAACCCAGAAAUUUUCCUCCCAUCGUAUGUCGACCACGACUACAUUCCUCUGGACCAACGCCGCGAGCCUGUCCACGAGAUCACCGUAACCGACGAGGAGAUCAAUGCCAUUUUCCCACAAUAGACGCCUCUCCUACAUCGUCACGAAUAUGGCGACACCAAGUGCACAUACACUUGUAUUGACGAUCAAAAUGCCUUUACACCUACGCCUUUAACGACAUCAUAUCAUACCCCGCGGAACAUAGAGCCCUUAUUUGACCAUUCUCGCGAGAAUACCAACACUUUUGUUUCCCCCUUUCUCUUCUUAUUACAUUUAUCUCUGUUUUCUACUAUUUUUUCAUGGCGUUUCGGUAAAUGAUGGGUUGCUUUGCGGAUCCUCUCCAAUUUGUUUUUUUAUCGAGACAUCGGCGGACAACCAUAGGAAUCAGGGCUGUGCGGCUCUGUUCCAUUGAGCAGUGACUGCAUUACCCAUUCGGUUGGUGCUAUGCGAGCGGCAUGCGAACAGGCCAUAUGGGUAUGCAGUGGCAGGCAGGCUAUGGAUUUUAUACACCACUGGUUUGGCCAGUCUCUUAUUUCCUAGGCACGAUGCAUUUUGUCGGCUCUGUUUUGUCCUCUGUUUUGCUUUUGUUUGGGGGCGCUUGGAUUGGGAUUGGGGAGUUGAUAGGAAGAUCACCGAAUAAACUCGUGUCAGCAGCUCUGGUGUUACGCUGCAUGCCUGCCUGACGGAACCCUGGAUUGACAUCAGGCGCUCUUACGAUAGGCUG